AUGGACGACGACAGUAGGUUCCAGACCCACACGCCGGUGCCGCUGAGGCAGGCGCGCCCGCCCGAGAAUGCUACAGCUGACAGCGAGUUGGGCUCCAAGCGGUCGCUGUUUGCUCAGCUGAUGAAGACCCCGCGCAUUGGGCGGCACCGGUCGCUGGACCUUGGCGCUUUGGUGGCCGAGAGUGCAGUCAAUGCAAUCGUCACCAUCCGGUUCUGUCAGACAGUGGCCUUUGACACUACCAGCGCCGUGGCAUCCGAGGCAUCUGGAUUCGUCGUCGACAAGGAGCGCGGCAUUAUUCUGACUAAUCGUCAUGUGGCCUGCGCGGGUCCGUUUGUUGGCGAGGCGGUAUUCCAGAACCGGGAGCAGGUCAAUGUGCACACCAUUUACCGCGAUCCGAUUCACGACUUUGGGUUUCUCAAAUAUUCACCUAGUGAUGUAAAGUACUACGACGUACACGAGCUGCCCUUAGAUCCGAGCAGGGCCAAGUUGGGAACAGAGAUCCGUAUCAUUGGAAAUGAUGCCGGCGAGGAGCUCUCCAUCCUGGCUGGCCAGAUAUCUCGUAUCGACCGUAAUGCACCCGACUUUGGCCCAAUGACGUAUAACGACUUCAAUACCUUCUAUCUGCAGGCUGCUGCCAGUUCGAGCGGCGGCAGUUCGGGCAGCCCUGUUAUUGAUAUUCAUGGCAGCGCAAUCGCCUUGCAAGCAGCUGGGCGGAACGAGGGGGCCACUGACUUCUUUUUGCCGCUUGAUCGGGUCAAGCGCGCACUGGAGCUGGUGCAGGCGGGCAAACCUGUAGAUCGUGGCGAUAUACAGGUGCAGUUUCAUGUCGCGGAGACAGUAUUGCCCGAGGGACCCGGUGACAUAGCCGGCCUGGUCACUGGCGACGUGCUGGUCAGUAUCAACGAGCGGAUUGUGACAAAGUUUGCCGAUCUGGAUGAAAUUCUGGACAACAGCAUUGGCAAGCAAGUCAGGACGGUCAUUGAGCGUGACGGCGACAGAGUCGAGCAUAUGAUUGAGGUGCAGGAUGUCAACAGCAUCACGCCUGACCGCUUUGUCGAGAUGGGUGGUGCUGUCCUGCACAAUCUCUCCUACCAACUCGCCAGGUACUACUGCGUGCAGGCCACCGGUGUAUUUGUCGCGCAGGUGUGGGGCAUGCUGCCGCUGGAGGAUGCAGGCGAGGGUGUGGUUAUAAGAUCUGUCGAUGGCCAUGAAACACCCACACUCGACGACUUUAUCCAGGUCAUACGCCGGAUCCCUGACCGCACACGCGUGCCUGUUGUGUACUACUCGCUGAAUGACAUUCACGAAGAAACGAGCGGCCAUUGGACGGAUAUGAACAUAUACACCCGCAGCGAUGACACGGGCGUGUGGGAAUGCGAGACAGUUGAUCCGCCUAGCGAAGUGUGCCAGGUCGAGCAGCAAACAGCGCGAUUUGCCACAUCGGCUAAUCCCAACUGUGCAGACUAUCAUUCCGUCGCUGAUUCAGGUCCACUUUUACAUGCCAUGGAUGAUCAAUGCAUUCCCAAACUAUUGGGAAAGACGCCUGUCCGCACAGCACAGCUAGCCACCAAGGGCAACAGCGAAGGGGACCAGCUGAUGCUCCAUGCGUACAACGACGGCAAGGGUCUAGCAUCGAUUCGUGCUAUGGUGUCGACGGUGGGGCCGAUGACCAUCACGAAACACUCGCCGCCGCGGUUCCGCUCCAUCAAUGCCGACUGGUUCAAGCUCGAUACCCGGGCAGCGCAAAAAUACAACACAGGCGUGCUUACCGACAUGGAUGGCGUCGUCAGCGGUAUGUGGGUAUCGUACAUUGACGAUAUGGAUGAUGAGGGAACAAACAAUGAGUAUUUCUACGGUCUGGAUGUGUGCAAGAUCCUGCCUGUCCUCGAGCCUCUGCGUCGAGACGAACACCCCAAGUUGCGAACGCUGGGCGUUGAGCUGUCGACGAUAUCGCUGGUCGAGGCCCGCCAUCUGGGACUGGACCGGAGCUGGAUUGGCCGGAUUGAGGAUGUCAGCCCUCAUCAUCGCCAGUUGCUGAUGAUCAGCCGCAUUGUGUGCGGCAGUCGCUGUAGCGAUGUGCUGAAUCCUUUGGAUGUGGUGCUGACAGUAGACGGCAAAGUCGCGACACAGUUUGCUGAUUUUGAUCGAGCAUUCAGUGCCCCGAGCCUCACAUUACAGGUUCUGAGACACAAACAGGUAGUGGAGUGGUCUGGCGCAAUUUUGCACGAGCCGCACACUGCCGUGCGUCAGCAGUGCCGCCAAUUGCCGUCGCGCACAUACGUUUCGUAUAACGCAUAUGGAUCGCCAGCAUACACUGCUGGGAUGGCACCGACCUCGUUUGUCACACAUGUCGAGGACAUGGAGACGCCGGAUCUAGACGCCUUUCUGUCGACGGCAAAGAGCUCGUUUGUAUGUGUGCGCAUUGUUGGCCUAGACAAGAUCCCCUCGGUUAUCAGUGUCAAGCUCAACACACACUACUGGCCGACAGUCGAACUGGUCAAGGACAGCAGCAGGCCGAAUGGAUGGAACCGCAUUCACUACGACAGUUAG